GGGCGGCGGGGACGAGGCCUAGUGUGGUGAUAGCCGGCCGGGCAGGCGGGCGGGCAGGCGGGCUGACUGCCACCGCUGUCUCUCUCUCUCUCUCGUUGUUAGCAAGUUGGCACGCGUUGGAGGGGGUUGUUUCAUUGUUUUAUUCUCAAAGCUGAAGGUUCUUAAACGAUUUUAAAGUUCCCACGUCCGGGCGAUGACGGGGGAGGCCGCGGAGGCGCCCACACCGACCGCGCCCGCGGACGAGUGGAACCAACUGAUCGGAUGUCUGCUCAUCGUGUGCUGUAACCUCCUUCUGAGCGGGGCGUUCUCUCUGCAGAAGAGCGUGCACGUGCGUGCCGGGCUGGGCAAGUGCGCUCACCCGUACGCCAAGAGCCCCGCGUGGCGCCUCGGUCUGGUGCUCAUGGUCCUGGGCGAGACGGGAAGCUUCGUCGCGUACGGGUUUGCGCCCAUCAUCCUGCUGGCGCCCGUCGCCGCCAUCUCCAUCGUGGCGAGCAGCGUGCUGGGGGCUGUGUUCAUGAAGGAAUGCGUGCGACCCUUCGACGCAGCUGGCCCGGUGGUGGUGGUGGUUGGCGUGUACCUCAUUGGCGCCUUCACGCCUAACACUGCGCUGGAGCUAUCUGCCACGGUGAUGGUGCAACGCCUCGUGGGCUGGCAGUGCCUCCUCUAUGUGUCAGUGGAGAUGGUUGCCUUCAGCCUGCUGCUGUAUUUUUACCGACACCGCGAGGUGCAGAGCGUGCUGAUGGUGCUGGCGCUCGCCGCCCUUCUCGGCUCCGUGGCCGUGAUCUCCAUGCAGGGCGUGGCAGGAAUGCUCGUGUUGUCCGUGGCGGGGAGCAUGCAGCUCACCUACCCCAUCUUCUACGUGCUGCUCGUCACUAUGAUGAGCUCCGCCUUCUUCCAGGCUGACUUCCUGUGGCAGGCGACGGAGCAGUUCGGCUCCACUCGCGUCAUCCCCAUCAACUACAUCUUCUCCACGAUCAGCUCUGUGGCUGCAGGUGGUAUCUUUUACCAGCAGUUUCACGGUGCAGCCCUUCUCAAUGUCCUCCUCUACAUCCUGGGGUGCCUGCUGUGCGCUCUGGGCGUGCUGCUCGUGACGCGAAACCGCGGCAAGACGCCAUCGCCGUUCCUCACGGCCGACUUCACCGGCGCGACCGCGGGCCUGGCUGCGGCGACCCCCGACCCCUUCGCCUUCUCGUACCGCACGCUCGUCAAGGAGGAGCGCGAACGGGAGCAGCAAAAGGCGGCGACGUCGCUGCCGCCCCCCGAGUCCGUGCUGCCCCCCACGGCGGGCGCCUACAGCUCCACGCGGCAUUGAGUGGGUUGGGGGCGGGGGGUGGCGGAGGUGUAAUCUUGGACGCGCUGUAGAAAUGUUUGCGACUGUCUGCUUUGCCGACUUGGCAGUGUGAGCGCUCAAGGCGGGUGGGGGGGGAGGCGGGCUGCAUUAGCAGUGGUGAAUGAGCGCAGGUCGGAAGCACGGCCUCGUUUCCGUCAUGAUCAUCGCUGCCUCUGUUAUGAUCAUCGCUGCCUUUGCCUACAUUCACCUUGGGUACGCUAGGCGGUCGCGGAAUUACAGCGUUGGGACGCAGAACCUGCAAAUUGGCCGAGUAACGACGCAUCAGCUCGUCGGUAAGCAUCGAAUGUUGCGCUCACGAUUACACGCGUCGGGUUGUUCGUAUCGAUUUUCUGCGUCCUAACCAAUGGGGUUAGCGUAACCCCUGCAGCCACUAGGGGUCGCUACACUCACUACAAUGGAUGUAAACAAAAAAACAGUGAAUGCGUGAAUGGAGUCGUGAGCCUCGACCGAGACAAUCGUGUCGAGAAGAGGAGCCGAUUGCUCGGUACUGAUCAUCGCACACGUGAACUCGAGCAUUUCUUGGGACUUUUAUCUUUCGUAAGAGUUCCUUUUUGCCGAGCAGAUUGGCACGAUUUGCACAAGAACCCAUCUCUUAUUCAUAUUCUUGAAGCUUUAAAUCAAAAUUUAACCCAUCUCUUCUUUGUAGUGUCUAAUUACAUCCGUACUGGUAAAUCCGUGGCUGUUGUAUCGCCCAGAUAACGAGGUAUAUAAAAGUAGGAUAAUAUUUUUAAGCUGUGGCCUGCCUCCGCACAGAAGAAUGGCCAUUGCCCAGGAAGUUAAAGCAACUCUUAAUUAAGGCCAAUCUACACGCUGCUGGCAUGAGUGUUGAUACAGCGCAGGUGUCCGCCGUUGUUCUGUACAGCUCUGCGAUGUGGUUUCCGGGUUGUGUUGUUUUGCCACGAUGUCAACCCAAAAACGCAUCGGAGAGCAAUGUCAAGGCAUUUUUUUUUUCAAUGACAAUGCACCGACGUCUUCCAGUCGCCAGCACCCGGGGGAAAAAAAAACAACGUCAAGGAAGCGCAUUUCGAAAGUUUUUGUUCGCAUUUUGAAUGUGGCCCCACGUGCUCUGCGUUGUAAGGCAGUGUUGUGGCUGACGACGACGACUGCGGUGAUGAUGGCCAGGAGCAGAGUUGGCUUCCCCCUCAUCCCCCUCCUUGAUACCAUUUGCGCGGUCGAGUCUCGGAAGCGCUGAAGGUUGUGGCCUGGGCACACGGCUUCAAUGCGAUCCAGGUGCCGUUAUACAGGGUUCCAUUAUUUUCAUUACUUGAGCGAGUGUGUGCGUGUGCGUGAGAGUGUGGGUAGGCGCCCACUGUCGGCACUUGCCCCAACAGUCUGUGAAAGACUAAUGGGGCAAUCUUUUGUAUUUUGCAUAAAAGCGGGGAGUCGUGGCGCAGUGGUUAGCGCACUGCGCUACGAACCCGGCGACCUCGGUUCGAUUCUCGACCACAGCUUCCGUCAGUGGCGAGUGAUAUCAGAACCGGGCCUGUUCCUCUCCUCGGUCGACUCAGCCUUCAAUGAGUACCCUGGUAGAGUGUGUAGACAACGUCCGCACUGGGGAGACAAAGGCGGCUGGGAGUGGUGCUUGCCACACCCCCCCCCCCCCCCCCCCGUUGUGUGCUGUCGUCCAUAACGGGGCCCGCUAGCAGCACAUGCCCAUCUUUUAAAGGCUAUACAAGGGAUCUCUGUGUGCAUAAUAGUGUGUGUGUGCGCGCGCGAGUGUGGUGCAGUGUAGUGUGUGCACGCACAUGUGAGAGUGCGGUGUGCGUGUGAGGUGAGCGAGGUUCUCUGCGUGCGUGUGUGCGUGCGUUUGUGCCUUCGUUAAUACGUGCGUGUAUUUUUGCACAGGUGAGCGAGCAUUACCGACCGCAGUGUGCUGACUAUUUUUUUAUCGUUUUUUGUUUUGGAUGUGGGGAAAGGUGGGGACAGUUCUGUCUUACGAGCCCCGACCCUCAAAUCCGGUCCCCAAUAAAAAAAAAAAUGCGGGGCAACGCAAGGGGGUGCCGUCGCCAUCGCCGGUUGGUGGCAUUCGAUCACGAACGGCUGCUGCGCACCGGCGCGGUUUACGCAAAUCGCCGACGGUGUUAUGUGCGAGCGUGAACGUGGACGCAGUGUUAACAUUUUACGUUCGUCGGGCGGAGAUCGCGUGUUUUUUUCGAGUCGACGUGCGAGGGGGAGGACGCGUGAUGAGGAAUGCAAAGGGGGGGGCGGUGGUGGGGCGUCCGCGUCGGAGAGUACGAGCGGCGAUGCCGGACGACGGGCGUCGUACAGAAACGCCGCUUCGGUUGCACUUGAGUGGCGCAGCUUUGAGCAGGAGUUGGGUGAACUCCGCGUUGGGUGUCCCGUGACUCGCGGCGGCGGCUGCAUUGAUUUGGAACGUGACGGAAAACGGUCGGGUAAAGGAUCGUCAGUCCGGCAAUGUGAUGUGGCGUAUGAGCGGGCCCACGUCUCGUGGUGCUAUACAGCCCACCGCGGGCUGAUCAAGAAACCCGUAGACUCGCAUGCAGACCUACGACUCGUAGGGAUCCCAAGAAUCAGACCCAUAGACUGACACAAACAACCAUAGACUUACAUAGAGACCCAUACAUUUACAUAGAAACCCUCAAGUGUGUAUUUAUGUAGUGUAUAAAUAUCACCACCGUCUCAAGACACUGUACAAUAACAUGGGGCAAUGUUAUAUUUAUCGAGUUGAUGGAGGCAGUCGGUCAUAGGCAGCGGAAUACGGGGAAGGUCUUGCGCCUUGACUUGAGCUGGGGCAAGGAAAUCGACAGCACGAAUGGCUGUGGGAAUGGAGUUUAAUACAAUGAGAGUUGAUUCUUAAGAGUUAAUGAGGCGCGCAUCAAAAUCCAAUGUUUACAAUUCAUUCGACGUAUAUGCAAACGGAGACCCUGCACGUCAACGGAGAGAUAUUGAGACAGCUGCGAGGCGGACACAACAAAGGAGUAUUUUUAAACACGAUGAACGCAAACCAUGUCUGGACAGAAUCGUAGCCCUGAAUCGACGAUGACGACGCACACCACUGUUAGGACUCCCACCAGAGCAGUUGUCCUGGGAAGCAGCGUGGACGUUGUUGCUCCCUUCUGAUAAAGAGAGCGCCAAUGCCCGUGCACACGCGUGCGCACACGCGUCGUCUGUUGAGUUGGCGAGGCCUUCCCCCUCGCUAACACUCGGGCUUUAAGGCGGUGACGGUGAUGUGUCCCAUCGGUCGUUACCAAAGUGUGGGAAAGUCUGGAACAAAAGUCACUCGGAAGGUACUCUGAGGUGGCUCUGUGGGAUCUGCUUCUGUGGGCCAUUGUUUAAUGAAUACUUAGUCCCAUGAGGUACUAUCAUUGUCACAAGACUAUUUCUGAGCUCUCCACUCAUUUGUCCGGUUUUCAUUCUCAAAUACAAAUGGAGAGCUGGAAAUGCGACACGAGGGGGGAAAACCAAACUUGGCACGGACGGAUUUUUUUUAUUGUUAGCAGAUCCACCUAACAUCAGGUCGGUCCACGUAAACAACAGUAUGCUCACAGAGGGCUGAGACCAGGAUUCAAACCCAGGUUCGCGACGGUGCUUGUGUGGCACUCUGACACCCCCGUGCCCCCCCCGCCCCCCCUUCUUGCCCAGCUCGACGAUCCGUAGGUGAGUGUGACGGUGCGUGCUAGCGCCAGUCUCAGUACCUGGGGGCGAUCCGAACUCUCCGAACGGAGCGUGACCGCCUCUGACUUUUAUCGCGUAAAAUUCUGUCGCGGAGAAUUUGAAGACUCGUUUAUUUAAAAGGACACGCGUUGAAAAAAAAGCAGCUUUUGUAAGUGAAUAUAUUUUUUCCCAAUGCAUUUCAAUUGUUUAGAAAUGUGCUUAAUUACUUCGUUGUAAAGGCAUUUGCUAAAAUGGGACAGUCUAUUUAUCACUUGACUGACAAGGUGUCACCAUCACCAUUGACAAAUGAAAAAUGUUACACGAGCAGAAAUAAAAAACAAACGUUUACCUGUGUCAUUAACGCAGCCUUGCAAUGGACUCAAACUGGAUAAAGCGUUUUGACAUGCAGCUUCAUUCAAAUGUUAUACAAAUAGAAAUCGUAUCAAUUAUUACACGUACAGGAUAUUGUAAUUAAAGCGCCUCUGUUUGAGACCACGAAUACAGCAUUAUUGGAGGGGUGGUGCCAUCCCGUGGUUGACGGGGGCCCUGUACAAUUUUUCUGCCUCUUCAUCGUCUGGGCAGCUGUGGGCCCCUUCUGGCACGUGGGGGGUGCAGUUGUACGGCCCGCACACUGGGUAGCUUCAGUUUUUGUUGUUAAAUAAUAGAUUGACGUUCCAGGCAGAGCAAUAAGAGAGCGAGAGAUAGAGCGAGAAAAGAGCACUCGUGAUUAUGAUGACGAUGGUGGUGGUGGCUUUAUUUUCAGUCCGAUUGCACUUGCAUUCCAAUGAGUUUUGUUUACCUUUUAACCUGUUCGCGCGUUAAUAAUUGUUAUUUAUGCUAGACUUUAAACCGGUUGAAGCUUUGAAAAGUAAAAUGUUGAUGGGGAGCAACAGAGGCUUUAGAUGUGAAAGCCGAGAAAAAUGCUCUACAGAGUGCAGUUUGCUCCUAAGCAGCUGUCUAAUUUCUCACUCGGUAUUUUUUCCGGAACGCUGCGAGGCUCCGAGUAGUUGCUUAUAGGCAUAAGGCACUACCACUACACCACCAAGACACGCCUCUCCAUCAUACUAUAUUGUUGUACCAUGUGUUCCUAUCAUCCUGUGGAGACAGUAAGGUGAGAUGGAUGUGGCGUGCGACCAUUUAAGCCGCGUUCCGGAAUCUUCAGGCUGAGAUUAGGCACCGCUUUUAAACCUCUGGUGUGUUUUUGUUGUUGUCGCCAAUGUAUACAACUUAUAUUACUUUUUUGCGCGCUUCGCGGUUCCACUUGAUGACGGUUUGCUAUGAAUGUGUGCAAUCCACAGCAAACAAUAAAACAAACAAGCAUCUUGUUUAAACGA